AUGGGUCAUCUGAAGUCUGAUUUAUAUAGGGAUUUAGAACCUCUUAGGUCGGACGAUAAACGGUUAGAUAAGAUUGUAAAACAGUUGGAGAAGGACACAGACAUAGAGACAUCAUACAAGGACUUUGUGCUGGGUCUUUUAACGAAGGAGGAGAGUUGUAGUCCAAGUAAGAGAAAAAGGGAAAAAUAUGACUGCAAUCACGAGGUGAAUGACCCACAUUAUGAACUUUUCUUGCAGAAUCUAGAGAUACACAAAAUGUCUUAUGUAUUAAAGCAUAAGAAAAACAAUUCAUGCAUUUCCAUUAGAUAUGAAGGAUAUAGUGAUUUAUAUGAGAAGGAUGGGAAUGAGCUUGGCCUGGAAAAAGGGAGCAUCAUCAAUUCAGAAACGCACCCUGACUUCAGGAAAGAACUCAUGUGCAUUCUUAGAAAACCAUUUGAUAGAGAGGAAUACAACAAGCUUCAGAAUGCUGUCAAAAUCCGUAAGGCAGCAGUUCGCCAUAGGGAGUUGCGUAAGGGGAGGGACAAAGAAUGCUCGACAAAUAAACCUGGAAAAUCCUAUCUUGAUCUAUAUCCUGAUUUCAGAAAAAAACUAUUAAAAUUCCAUGAUGAUCAACCAAGGUGCUUGAACCUCUUGCGUGGGUUCUUCUUUUGGCUUCAAUGUCUAACGAGGGAAGGAGCAUUCAAACCAUGGAAUGAUCCGAAAUUUCUUGCAGUGGACCAAAUGCGUCCUCAGCUAAAAAUCAAACAAGCAACGAAGUAA